AUGGCAUGGUUGAAAGGAUUGCUUACCAGGGCAGCAUCAUUGCAUGCUUCGCUAUCUCAGUAUUCUACUAAUGGGGUGUCUACAUAUGGAUGUUUGAAUGCAACAACACUUCCUCCAUUCCUACCAGACGAUACGUCUUCCACAUACCCUUGGGGAAAUGCGCAACCAGGACAAAUCCCACCUAAUACUGGAAAGACACGAUACUAUGAUCUCACAGUAUCUAGAUCCAUCAAAGCACCAGAUGGAUAUCACAAGAAUGUUAUCCUAAUAAAUGAUCAAUUUCCUGGACCACUCAUCGAAGCGAACUGGGGGGAUGUAAUUAAUGUCAGAGUCACAAAUAAUAUUACUGACAACGGAAAAGAAGGAUUGAGUCUUCAUUGGCAUGGUCAACCACAGAAAUUGAGUCCUUGGGCGGAUGGAGUACCAUCGGUCUCUCAGUGCCCCAUUGCACCCGGUAGUAGUUUCACAUAUGAAUUUCGAGCCGAAUCUUUUGGAAGCAGCUGGUAUCACUCUCACUUCAGUGCUCAGUAUAAUGAUGGUCUGUUUGGGCCUUUAGUUAUUUAUGGCCCCAAUCAUGUCGAUCAUGAUAUUGACCUUGGUCCAGUCAUGUUGCAGUCUGACUAUAUUCACGAGUCCUAUCGUAGCAUGAUUGAAGGCGUGGUGGAGAAAGUUCCGAAUGGACCAGUCUUUCCAAAUGUUGACAACAACCUAAUCAACGGAAAAGGAAACUACAACUGUAACUCCACUAUGGGUGGUACCUGUACUUCAGGUGCCGGGUUGUCAAAAUUUAAAUUUAUCAAAGGCAAAAGACACCGUCUCCGACUUAUCAACGCUGGUAGUUCAGGCACUCAAAAAUUCUCCAUUGAUGGACAUCAGCUUCAGGUCAUCGCGGUCGAUUAUGUUCCAAUCAUUCCUUAUACGACUGACGUGGUAACUCUUGCGAUCGGUCAAAGAGCGGAUGUGUUGGUAAUGGCAUCAGGGGAAUCAACUGAUGCUGUCUGGAUGCGAUCUGAUUUGGAUGUUCCAUGCAUGCGUUUGACCUGUACAAACCCUCAUGGUCUUGCAGCAAUUUAUUAUGAAAACGCAAAUACAACACUUGCACCGACAACGACAGGUGUAUCGUGGGACAGUAAUGAUUGUGCUAGUGACCCGUUAUAUUUAACCACGCCUUACACAACGAUAAAACCACCCGAUGUUCCAUCAAUCACGCAACACAUGGAAAUAAAUGUUGGUGUAAACGGAUCAGGCAAUGCGCUCUUCACGGUGAAUAACUCGACCUUUAGAGCAAACUACAAUUCACCCCUCCUCCUCCUCGCUAGCGAAGGAACCCCACUCGCCCCUCUCCCCAAAGAUUGGAACAUCUACAACUUCUCCACACACCCCUCCAUCCGCCUCCACGUCACCAAUCUCUGGGACACCCCGCACCCCAUGCACCUACACGGACACGAUUUCUUCGUGCUAGCCGAAGGCCGCGGAACCUGGGACGGCAGCAUCACGAACCCUAGCAACCCCCUCCGUCGAGACACCCAACUGAUGCGUUCCGGCUCACCCUCCGACCCCAGUUUCAUCGUUCUCGAAUUCGUGGCUGAUAAUCCCGGCGUGUGGCCUUUUCAUUGUCAUACGAGUUCGCAUGUUAGUGCGGGCUUACUGGUGAAUAUUUUCGAGAGGCCGGAUUUGGUGGCUCAGGGUAGGGAUCAGAGGGGCAUGAUUCCGCAGGUGGUGAGUGAGACUUGUAGGGAUUGGGAUGCAUAUACGGAUGCUGGGGGGGAGGUGGAUGAGAUUGAUUCGGGUCUGAGACGUUGA